UUUUUUUUAAUUUUUUUUUAUUCUAUUGUACAAAUAAAGAGUUAGAAACCUAUUUAAUCUGAACCCCACACAAAAAUAUCUGCUACGCCCAAACCCUCAACCGCUCCCCCAAAAGUUUUCUCCACCAAUGGGAGAAACUCGACAACAACCGCAUCUGAACGGCGCCUACUACGGCCCCUCCAUUCCGCCGCCGUCCAAGACCUACCACCGCCCCGGCCGCGACGGCGGCGGCGGCGGAUGCUGCUGCAACCCCUUCAGCUGCUGCUGCAGCUGCAUCAUGAACUGCAUCUGCACCUGCAUCUGCCAGAUCGUCUUCACCAUCCUCAUCAUCGCCGGACUCGCCGUCCUCGUCAUCUGGUUCAUUUUCCGGCCGAACACCGUCAAAUUCUACGCCGACGACGCCUCCCUCACCGAAUUCACCAUCAACAGCAACAACACGCUCCGCUUCAAUCUGGCGCUGAACCUCACCAUCCGAAACCCUAACAAGCGGAUCGGAAUCUACUACGACCAAAUCGAAGCUAGGGCUUUCUACCAGGGGCAGAGAUUCUCCACCGUGCAGCUCCCCAAUUUCUACCAGGGCCACAAGAACACCAGCUCUCAGAGAGCCGAAUUCAAAGGCCAGAAUCUGGUUCUCCUCGGAGCCAAGGAGAUGUCGAAAUACAACGACGAUAAAAGCUCCGGCACCUACAGCAUCGACGUGAAGCUCUACCUGCGGAUCCGAUUGAAGUUUGUGUUCCUGAAAUCAAGCAAAGUGAAGCCGAAGAUCGACUGCGAUUUGAGAAUUCCGCUGAGUUCAAACGCCACGGCGGCGCCGGCGGCUUUUCAAUCUCAGAGGUGCGAUUUCGAUUGGCGCUGAUAUAUAUAUAUAAUUGCACUUUUAUAUAAUAAUUUUCCGAUGCUUCGAAUUUUUUUGCUAUUUCAAUUAUUCUUUUGUUUAUCAGUCGGCUGAUACAGAUCUUAAUCUCCUUUCGACUGCUUAAUUUCAAUUUAAUUUUUAUUCAUAUUUUAUGUGAGUAAAUAACGAGUUUAUAUAAUAUUUUAUGAUUUUCCA